AUGGACGAUGCUUGGUUCCAUACGCUGACUUCUGCGCCGAUAACAACGUCCAGGGAGAAGCCGCAGCAUCGGCGGCGUACAUCUUCACUGCUCCAGCAGCCCGUAAGCCCACCAUCCGUUCACUCGCCCCGCUGUUCUGAUCGUCUCGCCAGGCUGAGGAGAAGGCUGAUGUGGCGAUAGAGCCCAUUCAGGAAGUAACCGAAGAAGAAAAUGCCUGGAGCGGACCUCCGAAAGCCUGCGUCGCCCGCCGCGCACAGAGCUACAGCGACUUCUACCAUGUCGUGCGAGCGUACAGCAGGAAAGAGGAUGCAUUGAAGAGGAAGAAGAGCCUGGACUUGAACCGUGACGAGCAGCAAUUUGCGGGUGCAGGCGUUGAGUUUGAAGCCGAGUUUGGAGCGCUCGAAGAUCGUCUCUUGGAUGAGAGCCAUCUGGAAUACCAAACGUACCUUGAACAGCUGGAGCUGUCCGACUCGCACUUGGACACCUUGCUUGCAUCGACAACAACGACUCUGGGCUUGUUGUCGACGCUCUCAAACUCGUUCCACGCCGUCGAGGCGCAGACUGAAGCUUUCCGGCAACAAUGCGAAUCUCUCAUCAACGAGCAGAGACGCCUGACAUUUCUCGCAGACGCUGUCGACGAGAACGCACAGUACUACGCCUAUCUGGAGCCAAUGACACGGCGUCUGAACGCUCCAGGCGCUGCGAAUCUAGUGCGGGGCAAGGAUUUUCCGGAAAUGCUCUCCAAUCUGGACAAUUGUCUCGCGUACAUGGAAUCGCACCCGGAACACAAGGAGUCUGCCAAAUACCGCAGUCGCUACAGACUGCUUCUCACAAGAGGGCUGACUCUCAUCCGUCACUACUUCACCAAAUGUCUGGGCGAGAUAGCGGCAGACAUUAGCAAGAGGAUCCAGAGCGGCCAGCUGAAGGAAACGACUCACUCUGCCUUACUCUAUGCAAAGUUUCGUGUGCCUGCUCCUGAGCUCAAGGCCCUUGGCGUGGAGAUCCAGAAACGCGCCGUACCGACGCCUGACGAUGUUGACAACGGCCGUGAGCCGGAGUACCUCGGUCUCCAACGCGAGCUGUAUCAGUCAUACUCCGCGACCCGCGGUCGACUGAUACUACCUCUGGUAGCGAAGAAGAUGGCUGACCUUGCCGCCAAUCCCCAACAGACGGACGUAUUAUCGUUCGUCAAGUCCAGCAUAAGCUUUCUGCGGGGCAUCUGUCUGGAUGAGUAUGACCUUUGGUUUGAGUGGUUCGAGACCGAUGGGGCUCUAUAUGAGUUUCUUGAAAGCUUGAUGGACCCCAUGUAUGAUUAUCUGCGACCGAGGACGAUCCACGAAACGAAGUUGGAGAAAUUAUGCGAUCUCUGUGCAAUGAUUCAAGGCCGCUACAUGGACGCGGAAUCCGAUGAGGAUGAGGAGAGCGACAAUGGCGUCUUCACGCCAUCUGCCAAUGGCAGACUGCCUGGGAGAAAGCUCGAUUUCGCGAGCUUGGUGCAGCCUGCUUUGGAAGAUGCUCAGACAAGGCUCGUGUUCUUGGCACUCAAUGUUCUGAGGGAUGGCAUCGAGAAUUACAAGCCUAAGCCGGAAGACCUGGAAUUUUCCCCAAAGGCUGCUACCACUGGCGGGAACGGCACCAGGAAGGGAGGUCCCGUGCUAUCUGGAAAGCGCAAUCCGCCGGCGCCCGAUACCCCGGCUCCCAAAACGCCUGCAGUGGUGGAUAACGACAUCGACGAUGGCGAAAGCAUGUUCAGCAAGCACUUCGUCGCUGAGGAAUCGGUGACUUCGGGCAGGCACUGGUAUCCGACAUUGCGCAAAGCUGUCUGGCUCCUUCGGCGCAUCUAUCGUUUGGUGAACAGCAGCGUCUUCGAUGACCUUGCACAUCGCAUUGUACAUUCCACUAUCGCCUCGCUGAUCUACGGAAGCCAACAGGUUGGUUCAAAGAAAUCCGUUCAGGAUGGACAACUGUUCUUGAUUAUCCAUCUGCUUCAUCUAAAACAGCAGAUUGUCGCGUUCGACAUCGAAUUCAUUCCUCCUGAAGUGGAGUUUGAUUUCUCAUCGGUGACGAAUACCUUCUACGAACUUCGGGAUCGUGGUGGCUUAUGGAAUCCGGCUUCCUGGGUGCGACUGGUCAGCGGCGCUGUAGGUGGUGGGCUACUUCCCAAGGUAGUGGAGAAUAUGCUCGACGCCAAAGCAGAGCUAGAUGGACGUCUCAGGACCGUCAUCAACGAGUUUGUGAAUGGCUACGCUACCCACAUCACGGCACCUGUCGAGACCACUUCCGUCGCAGAACAACGAGCAAGGAACGACUUUGAUCCGCUUAAGGCGGUACGCACUGUCCGCGGCUUGGCGGAGAAGGACGUUCCUGCUCUGCGGACCAAGCUCGAGGAAUUUGUCGACGACGCGAGAACAAGGGAGACUCUGGUUGCUGCUGUGAGAGAUCAGGUCAUUGUUACGUACGAGGAGUUUUUCGACACGUACAGUGAGGGAACGGGUAAGAGAGUAAGCCGAAAAGGCAAAGCCAGAGAAGAUGAAGUUUGGGGACCGGAUUUGUUUAACGAUGCAAUGGAGAGGGUCUUCCAGGUUGGGCAAGUGGUGGGCAACGAGGAUGGGGAGAGUGAGGAUGGUGGCAAUGUCAGCGAAUAG